UUCACUGACAUUAGCCAAGCCUUCUCUUCAGCCACAGCGUGUCUGCGCCAUUGCCCUUUUAAGGACGCUAGUGGGAAGCAGGAGAAUGACGUUUGCAGCAGCGAGCCAGGAGCUGCUCUCAGCGCCAGUGGAGCGGCGGGGAGGACGAGACACGGCUGUAGAGGCGAGCACAGAGAGACCCCAGCAUGCGUGAAUAUAAGCUUGUGGUCUUGGGCUCAGGAGGUGUGGGGAAAUCUGCACUGACAGUCCAGUUUGUUCAGGGAAUAUUUGUGGAAAAAUAUGACCCCACAAUAGAAGACUCAUAUAGGAAGCAAGUAGAAGUGGACGGGCAACAAUGCAUGCUAGAAAUACUCGACACAGCAGGCACAGAGCAGUUCACGGCGAUGAGGGAUCUGUAUAUGAAGAAUGGGCAGGGCUUCGCUCUGGUCUACUCCAUCACGGCACAGUCCACCUUUAAUGACCUGCAGGACCUGAGAGAACAGAUCUUACGGGUUAAAGACACAGAGGAUGUUCCGAUGAUUCUUGUGGGGAACAAGUGUGAUCUGGAGGAUGAGAGGGUUGUGGGGAAAGAGCAGGGACAGAAUCUUGCUCGUCAGUGGAAUAACUGUGCCUUUCUAGAAUCCUCCGCCAAAUCAAAGAUCAAUGUCAAUGAGAUUUUCUACGACCUGGUAAGACAGAUUAAUAGAAAAACGCCGGUGGAAAAGAAGAAAGCCAAGAAGAAGUCUAACUGCACACUGCUCUAAAAUGCACAUGCAUAACCACCCCAGCAGCAGCUCUGAGCCAGAAUGCUGAAAUGAAGACCUGUUGCCCUACUGGCCAGCAUUCCAGCCCCAUUCAACAGUUAUUGGAAACAGUGUCGGCAAAGGCAGAAAACGACUAAGGUUUUACUCCUUAGUUUACAGAAAGGAGUAAACAAGAGAGAGAGAAGUUUGUCUUCUCACACACUCUCAAUUUCUGCUUUUCCUUCCCAAAAAAAAUCCUAAGUCCCCAAACCCAAUCACUGCCCCCCCCGCCCCCACCCCUAAUGGAAAUGAUUUGCCUUUCUCGAGCGCUUAAGAUUUUUGCAAUUGCCAUUUUUAAAGAAGGACUAUAGAAACAGGAAUAUUACAUGUUCAUUUGGGGGAACUGAAUAAUGUGCUGUUCAUUAAUCACUUCAACAAGCAUGGGCACAUUAAAAAUCAUAUUAAUGUUUGCAAAAAGUCAAAUCAUGUUACAUGUAUUUUUUUGCCCCACCCUUUCAUGACCAUGUCUCUGAGUCUUGCUAAUCUUCACUCCAGAAGUAGAUCUGGGGUGACAUUAGGUUUCUCGGGUAAACCCCCCCCCCCCCAUCCCCCCCCCCCCCCCCGCCCCCUCACCCCCUUCAUCUGGACCAGCUUCUCAAAUAACGUUUUUUGCCUGAGUGACUUUGUUUUAUAUUUGACGUCUCAAAGCUUUCAUAUUUCCCAUAAUAUAUUCUAAUUCCAUUUUUUUUGCAUAGAGAAGCUUUGGGAAAAAAAAAACUUAUUUGAGAGAUGGGGAGAAAUAACAAACAUGGGUUUCUGUGUCUCAUGAUGAAAAAUAUAUUGUACUAAAACCAACUCUAAUAUUUCUUCUUGUGUUCUGUCACACUCAGAGUGGUAAUAAUUUUCCAACUUUUAUGAACGAUUAAAUUUUAGUACAUUUUCAUUAA